AGGUUUCAAUGAUCAAUUGGAGAGAUUUGGAGUUGCUGAUUUGGCUUGUUGGUGACUUUCUUGUUCUAGAGUAAAUGGGCCGCGUCACUGCACAACCAAACACCACGUUAUAAGCACUUACAAAUGUGAAUAGCAUUUUGGAGAAGACAAAGACGACCAAGUCCUAGACGAAAAGAAAUUAUAAUGGAGGGUGGUCUGCUCCAAUGCUCUGCAAACUACAUGCCUCUGUCUCCUAUAAGCUUCUUGGAGGGAGCUGCGACAGUUUAUGGAGGUAAGGUCUCUAUUGUCUAUGGCACCACAACCUAUUCAUGGAGACAAACACAUGAAAGAUGUCUAAAGAUGGCUUCGGCGUUGUUCCAAUUGGGUAUUUCCCGUGGAGAUAUUGUUGUAGCUUUGGCCCCAAAUGUUCCGGCACUCUAUGAGCUGCAUUUCAGCGUUCCAAUGGCCGGGGCAGUUCUCUCUGCACUUAACACAAGGCUAGACUCAGCCACACUAGCAUUGAUACUAGAGCAAUUGGAGGCCAAAAUGAUUUUUGUGGACUAUCAGUUUGUUGAAGUAGUUCUUGAAGCAUUUAAUCAUCUCUCCCACAAAAAAGGUAAUCUACCACCGCUGGUCUUAGUCCCCGAGUGUGAUCAAGCAUCGUCCUCAAUGGCAAAAGAGCCCCCUCAGGGAAGCUUGGACUACAAUAGACUAAUUGCAAUGGGACAAUCUGGUUUCGAGAUUAAACAUCCGAACAGUGAAUGUGAUCCAAUCUCAGUGAACUACACCUCCGGAUCAACAGGGAAGCCUAAAGGAGUGAUUUAUAGCCACAGAGCUGUUUAUCUCAAAUCACUUGGUGAAAUUUUACGCAGUGACAUGAGACAUUUGCCUGUGUUCUUAUGGACAGUCGACAUGUUUCGCUGCAAUGGGUGGUGCUUCCCUUGGGCAGUGGCUGCUGUUGGAGGCACCAACAUUUGCCUAAGAAAUGUCUCAGCUAAAGCCAUUUUUGAUGCCAUAUCUCUUCACAAGGUAACACAUUUAUGUGGCGCGCCAACCCUCUUAAGCAUGAUUGCAGAAGCAAUCCCAACUCACCAUAGGCCACUUCCUCACAAGGUGGAUAUAGUAGUUGCUGGUGCAGUGCCACCAUCUCAAGUAUUGAACAAAAUCCAGGAAUUGGGAUUCAAUUUGACUCAUGCAUAUGGAAUGACAGAAGCCCUCGGUCCAGUGAUAGCUUCAGAAUUGUCAUCCUUAAAUGAGAAUUCAAAGUUUAAACACCGUGAAGGGAUUCAUGCCCUUACGAUGGAGGGAGUUGAUGUGAAAAAUCCAACGACCAUGACAAGCGUGCCGUGUGAUGGAGAAACCAUUGGAGAGGUGAUGCUUAGGGGCAACACUAUGAUGUUGGGGUACUUCAAAAAUUUACAAGCAACACAAGAGGCCUUAAGGGGAGGGUGGUAUAGGACCGGGGACCUAGGAGUCGUACAUCCAGAUGGGCACAUACAGAUGAAGGACCGCGCCAUAGACAAGAUCAUUUCCGGGGGAGAGACUAUAAGCACACUUGAGGUUGAAGCAGUGUUAGUCAGUCAUCCUAUGGUUUCGGAGGCUGCUGUUGUUGGAAGACCUGACGACCAUUUGGGGGAGACACCUUGUGCCUUUGUGAAGUUGAAGGAUGGGUGCAAUGUGAGUUCUGAAGAGAUUAUUGAGUUUUGUGGUAAGCGAUUGUCGCGUUAUAUGGCUCCUAGAACUGUAUAUUUUGGGGAUUUGCCAGUUAAUUCGACGGGAAAGGUACAAAAAUUUGUUCUCAGAGAGAAGGCCAAGGCCAAAGGAUGUCUCUCUCUCUAUAAUAGGGAUUAAAGAGCUACAAAUUGUUAAGUUGUUUGUUGCUUGAAAGACAAUAUUAUGUGAAAAUUAAAAAGGAUGAUUUAAGUUAUUUGUUUCUAAUAAAAUUUA